AUGUUGCCUUCCCAAGAAGCCUCCAAGAUCUACCAUGACAACUACAUGCGCAACUCCCGCGCCAUCGGCGUGCUGUGGGCCAUCUUCACCAUCUGCUUCGCCAUCGUCAACGUGGUGGUGUUCAUGCAGCCCUACUGGAUCGGCGACAGCGUCAGCACGCCGCAGGCCGGCUACUUCGGCCUCUUCCACUACUGCGUGGGCGCCGGGCCGUCGCCCACCCGGGAUCUCACCUGCACGGGCAGCUUCUCCGACUUCGGCUCCAUCCCGUCCGGCGCCUUCAAGGCGGCCGCGGUGUUCGUGCUGCUCUCCAUGGUGCUGAUCCUCGGCUGCAUCGCCUGCAUGGCGCUCUUCUUCUUCUGCAACACCUCCACGGUUUACAAGACCUGCGCCUGGAUGCAGCUGCUGUGCGGAGUGUGCCUGGUGCUGGGUUGCAUGAUUUUCCCUGACGGAUGGGAUGCCGAGGUGAUCCGGGACAUGUGCGGGGAGCGGACGGGGAAGUACUCCCUGGGCGACUGCUCUGUACGCUGGGCCUAUAUGCUGGCCAUCAUGGGCAUCCUGGACGCCCUCAUCCUCUCCUUCCUGGCCUUUGUCCUGGGCAACCGGCAGACAGACUUAUAUCUUGAUGAUUUGCAGAUGGACAACAAAGAUUUUGCUGUGUCGAGGAUCGAGGUGCGGGACAGAAGAGAGCCGAGAUACGGAGUGCAGCGUCUCCACUGA